UCCAUGCAUAAAAAUGGAUAAACUGGAGAGAACCUGCGAGACCCAGUGAAAAAACAAAUAAUUUCAUUGGUUAUCCCUGAGAUUUUCGUGGAUUUGAGGACUUGGGGUGCAUCGAGGUGUUCCAGAAAAUGUGGAAAACUGAAUUCUACGAUGCUGAGGAGGAGGAAUCGGUGAGAGUCUAUUCAAAACUCCAAGAGGCAGCCCACGACAAUGAAGGUGUUGAAACAGUGACAUCAAGGGAACAGGAGAAGGUGGAGGAGAAUAUCCUUAAACUGUACAAUCUGAAGCGAGAGCCCUUGCUGACGAAAAAUCGACACAUUGGAUUUUUAAAGAGAUCGCUGAUCAAUAUGUCAGCAGCUUAUGAAUGCUUGGACAGCAGUAGACCCUGGUUAUGCUACUGGAGUCUGCAUGCCCUGCAGAUUCUGGGGGAGAGACUGGAGGACGACGAGUACCACAAGAUUGUUCAAUUUUUAUCAAAAUGCCGGGAUCUAGAGGGAGGUUUUGGCGGUGGCCCUGGACAAUAUCCUCACUUGGCAUCUACUUAUGCUGCUGUAUCAGCACUUUGUAUCGUUGAAACUCGAGAAGCCUACGAGGCGAUUGAUCGAGAAUCGCUGUACAGAUUCCUGAAGUCUGUAAAAUGUGAAGACGGUAGUUUCAGUAUGCACAGAGACGGCGAGGUCGACAUAAGAGGUGUUUACUGUGCAAUAGCAGUGGCUAAACUCGCGAAUAUUUACACCCAAUCUCUCUUCGAAAAUACAGAUCAGUGGAUAGCACGAUGUCAAACAUGGGAGGGUGGUUUUGGGGGAUGUCCAGGGAUGGAAGCCCACGGAGGAUACACGUACUGUGGUUUAGCAUCUCUCGUACUUAUGGGGAAAACACACAUGUGCCAUCUCCCCUCGCUCUUGCGAUGGCUAGUCAAUAAACAAAUGAAGCUGGAGGGCGGCUUCCAAGGAAGGACCAAUAAAUUAGUCGACGGUUGCUAUUCCUUCUGGCAAGGUGCCUCAUUCCCCCUGAUCCAUGCAAUCCUCUCCAAUGAGGCUAAUCUACCAAAUACCAAUUACUGGCUGUUUGAUCAAGCAGCUUUACAAGAGUACUUACUCAUCUGCUGUCAGCAUCCCUAUGGCGGACUCUUGGACAAGCCCGAAAAAAAUCGUGACAUCUACCACACAUGUUACGGUUUGAGCGGCCUCUCCAUAGCCCAGAAUUCCCCAACACCUCUGAUCGUCGGCCGAAAGCACCAAAACUCAGUGGAAAUAAUCCAUCCACUUUACAACCUAGUGCUCUCCUCCGUGGCAAAUGCCCUGGGAUACUUCAACAAAUUACCACUGCCCGAUUGAUCCCCAAACUGUCCAUCAUCAUCUAGAAAAUCCCGAGGAAGGACCAACCGAUGUUCGAGCGAUACUCAAAAGUUUCAUAAAUUUUUUAUAACUCAAUAAAGUCACUGUUAGAUAAAUGUUGAUAUUCUGUUGACUCAUGUGGUCACUAAAUAUAAUAAUUGAAAUGUUGAGCGCUUCA